AUGUCUGAAGGUAGUGUAGAAAGUGAGAAAAAGAUAGAGUUUAAAUAUAGAAUUGGUAAGGUGAAGCAAAUACCUACUGUUCAAGUCGAUCCUCAAACUAACUUGACAUUUAUUGAAUUGAAACCAAGAAGUGAUGAGAAAUUAUAUGGAUGUACGACCUUUAAGAACCGUUACAAAGAGGAAAAAAAAUUAGGCCAAGGUACCUUCGGUGAAGUUUAUAAAGGUGUGCAUUUAGAGACUCAAAGACAAGUUGCAAUGAAAAAAAUUAUUAUAAAUGUCGAAAAAGAUUUAUUUCCCAUUACAGCUCAACGUGAAAUCACAAUUUUGAGGAAACUGAACCAUAAAAAUAUCAUAAAAUUAAUAGAAAUGGUCUAUGACUAUUCACCAGAAGACAGUAAUAGCAGAAAUUCCACACCAACAAAUUCUCAACAAGGUAUACCUACUAUUAAUAAGUCAUUUUAUAUGAUUUUACCAUAUAUGAUUGCAGAUUUGUCUGGUAUUCUUCAUAACCCAAGAAUAAAUUUAGGACUUUGCGAUAUAAAAAAUAUGAUGUUACAGUUAUUAGAAGGGAUUAAUUACAUACAUUGUGAAAAAUUUAUGCAUAGAGACAUCAAAGCAGCUAAUAUCCUUAUCGAUCAUUGUGGGAUUCUUAAAUUAGCGGAUUUUGGUCUAGCAAGAAUGUAUUACGGUUCCCCUCCAAAUUUAAAGUACCCUGGGGGUGCUGGUAUGGGAGCUAAAUACACAUCUGUUGUCGUAACUAGAUGGUAUAGGGCUCCAGAAUUAGUGCUGGGUGAUAAACAAUAUACAACAGCUGUUGACAUGUGGGGUAUAGGAUGUGUAUUUGCAGAAUUCUUUGAAAAAAAGCCUAUAUUACAAGGAACCAGUGAUAUAGACCAAGGUCAUGUUAUUUUUAAGCUUAUGGGGACACCUACAGAUGAAGUUUGGGAGUUGGCAAAAUAUUUACCAGGUGCUGAGUUAACAAGAACAAGCUACCCAGAAACCCUUACUGAACGAUUUGGCAGUUACUUAAAUGACACUGGCUUAGAUUUCUUAAAAGGUUUGUUAGCGUUGGAUCCAUACAAAAGAUUAACUGCAAUGUCUGCUAUGCAACAUCCAUUCUUUAAGGAGGAGCCUUUGCCUUCAGAAAUAUUGUGUGAAUUGUGCGAAGAGAGUCACGAGUCCGAUAUCAAACGUUAUAAAGAAGAGAUGCAUCAGACAAUGUCACAGAAGGCUCCAACUGCACCACAAGGACAUAUAAAUGAGGCUGGAAACAACGAAAACAAGUCUGGUGAUGGUAAUUUACAAAUGAAACAAUCCAAACAAGAUAUCAACUUACAUUCAAAUGAAACCCAAAUCCAUAAGAAACCGUAUCAAAAAUUUCCACAAAGAACACAUGAAUCGAACAAUGCCAAUUUUAAUAGUGGUAGUAAUAAUCCCAACUCAAGAUUUGUCAAUGACCGAUAUUCCAAGCAAAACCCAAACCAACAGAAUUCCAAACAAUAUGGCAAUACAGCUCGAUUCCCAAAUAACCCAGAGCACCAAAAGACUAAUUUAAGAUAUAUGAAUAGUUCUGAAUCAAUUUCUCAAGGCCAUUAUAACAAACAUCAGCAUCAACAUAAUAACUACCAAAACAACUAUAGCCACACUAAUAAUUAUGGCAGCCAAAAAAGUCAUCAUAUAAAUAGAAAUCAACAGUCCCAUAAUGGUAAUACCAGUAAUCCCAAUAUUGCUCCCAACGACAACGUAAAUGCUAGUUACAGCUCUGAAUCCCAACAAAAGCGUAGCAAUUAUGAUAACCAAAAUAGUUAUAAUGUAUCAGGGAAUAAUAACCAUUAUAAUAAUAACUACAAUUCAAACGGUAAUGGAAAUGUCAAUAGUAAUAACAAUAGAUACACUAAUGUUCAAAAACGGUCCAAUUCAGGAUACCAAAAGAAUCAAAAGGACAACGAGUAUGGUAGAUAUACAAAGCGUCAGAAUCAAGGAAAUGGAAAUUACUCAAGGAACAUGCAAGGAGAUGAGGAGGAUGGACAUAAUACAAGAAACAGCAAUAAUCAAAUGAAUAAUGGUGGAAACCAUAGUAAUAACGUGUCACAUAACAAUUAUAACAAUAAAGGUUAUAAUAAGAAUAAUCAAAGAAAUUAUCAACGAAAUGAUAAAAUUAUUCACCAAAACCGCAAUAGAGGUUACAACAGUAACAGUAACAAUAAUGUAACAGAAUCCAUGAUUGAGAAAGACUCCAGUAAUAAAAAUAAAAAUAACAAGAACAACAAUAACCAUAACCAUAACCAUAACCAUAACCAUAACAAUCACCAUAACAAUAGUAGUAACACUAAUAGAAACUCGAACUCAGAUGGUAGUUCUGUUACAAAAAUUGACACUAGAAACGAUCCUUCUAGCGGUACAAGAGCAUGGAAUUCAAAUAAAAAUGUAUCCUCAAAUCCAAGCAAGGAUAACAAGAAUCAAAAUCAUCCGACUACAGGAAAUAAGAAUCAGAAUUCUGAACGACUAGAGACUAGAAAAGAUAGUGGAAAUAUUGCUGAUUUUUACUGA